UAUACGGGGGAUGUUUGUCAUUAGUGUGUGUCUCUUUGUGUGCACGUGCACAUGUUCUGUGUGUGUGAAAUUCUGGCUACUCAUUGCACCCCUUCCAACAAGCAAGCCAGCAUCAGGACUUAAGGACAAUGAAGCUCGUGCUCGUGUUGGCGGCGCUGGUGCAGCUUGGGGAAUGUGAGGACACAUCCACAUACCCCACGAUACGCACAAACGUGGCCAUACACGGUAUAGCGACGCAGUUCAGCACCUUUUGUGACCAGAGUAACUUUUGCGCAGAAGCUUCUCUCGCCAUUGACGGGAACACGGACAUGAACUACACCAACAGCAAGUCAUGCGCGAGCUCGAAGGGUGGUUCUUAUCAAAGUUGGUGGAAACUGGACAUGAAGGAGGAGGUCCCUGUCCACGCUGUGACCAUAACGUUCCGGAGUGACUAUUGGGAAAAUGCCAUCACAUCACAUACAAUCUACAUUGGACAAUCUUCGGACACCACAACCAAUAAUACGAUGUGUAAAACUCUGGAGGAGGCUGCCCAAUCCACCGUGGUGACAUUUAACUGUUCAGGAAAGAAGGGACGCUACAUCUUCAUCAACUCCUCGCGCUAUGCGUGGUUGAGUUUAUGUGAGGUGCAAGUCUCCACUGCUCCUCUCUUGAAAAAUGAAAUGAGCGUGGCGUACGGGGAGGCGAUGCAGUCGAGCACAGCCGGGCCCGACCACAAAGCGUCCAAAGCCAUCGACGGUACAAACGGCACCAACUUCUGCAGUGGGAUGUGCAGUGCCACCAGCUACGAGUGGGAGCCCUGGUUCUGCAUCGCGCUUGACCGCGUGUACACGGUGGACGCCGUCAGGAUCACCAAUCGAGACGACGCACAGGGCAUUCGUCUCUUUGGAGCGCACAUUAAAGUGGGAAAUUCGUCCAAUCACAGCAAGAAUGCAUUGUGCGCAGAAGACAUCUUUGUGACUCCGGGCCAAUCGGCGCGCUUCCUGUGUCAUUCACAGCAGGGCCGAUACGUCUUCAUCGUCAUCCCUGGGAGGAAGGACUCGCUGAGUCUGUGUCAGGUUAAGCUCGACGUGAAAGCCUAUAACUUUAAUGUGAAAAUGGUUUACUAGCCUCAACUUUAAUAUAAAAGUGCUUUCUGGGCGACAUCGGUACAUCAGGUAAGGGGCGCCAUGGUGGCGAGAUGUUAACUACCUCGCCUGGUAUACAGGAGGUUGUGGGUUUGAUCCCGACCCGAUGCCUGUAUAUUUGGAGUUUGCAUGUUAUCCCUGUAGUCACGUGGAUUUUUCUCCGGGCUCUCCUGUUUUUCCCUCCAAAUUUAGAAACAUUAUUUUCAGAGCGUAAAGAAGAGCCGACACCAGGUUGCAGGGGGUUCGUCUUUUAUUGCUUCCCCCAGUUCACACUCGUCCCCAGCCUUCUCUUUCCAUUUCCCACCAGUUCUUCCCCUUUCCCACUAAUUCUCUCUCAUAUCUCCUCACCCUCACCUGCUCCUCCCCCUUCCACUGUCCCUGCUCCACUGUCCCCCUCCUUUUGGCGGGAAUCCUUCCCCUGAAAUCCCUUACAUCACCACCCCCCCCCUGGAAUAAAAAAAACGUCCUCGGUUUUGCCAACCCCAUCGACCAUUUCAGUCUCCCCAUGAGCCCCCCCCCCCCCCCCCCCCACUUACAGUGACAACAGCCCUUAACCCCCCCGCAAUCAUACAAUUCAAUGUAACACAACAACAACAUCAAUUGAACGGUCUGCCUGGGUCUCCAGCCAAAGCCCCGUCUCUAUAGCCCCUGCGACCUCUGGUCGUGCCGCCUCUCCAUCAAGCCUCACAUGGGGUGCUGUAGGUGACAAGGGAACACAGGUCAACGAGUGGUGGCCGGCGACCUCGGCCUGGGUAGGGGUGAUGAUGAUGGCGGUGACAAUGGCGGUGACAAUGGCGGUGAUGAUGGCGAUGAUGGAGGUGGAGAGAUAUAUGGCUUAAGGUGGGUGGGGUGCACAAACCAUCAUCGCUUACCCAGUUGGACCUGGACGCACUGAGGUUGGAGUGCUUAAGGAACCAGGGUCGGUGCAAUUUCGGUGAGAGGCCAACCGGCACCUGAGGACAGUGUCGCCAUGCCUGGUCCCCGACUUUAAAGGGCUUGGCUGUCACUGUUCUCUCACGUAUCCGUACAUUGCUCCAUUGGCUGGUGGCCGAUGUGGCCUCAGCUGCUUGGCGGGCUUCCCUCAAGUAAAUGAGGGAGGCCUUUAGUGCCUUUGGCCAUGCAACGGCUCUCGCGGGAAUGUCCGUCAGCUGCAUCUCAAUAGGCGGGACGGGAUCUCGUCGAGAACCCCAUCGCUGCGUGUGGGGCCACCCUGUAUGCCGCUAAGACCGACGGGAUGUGGAGGUCCCAAUCGGAGUGGUUCUCGUCCACCACUUUGGACAGCAUGGCCGCUAUGGUGCGGUUAAGCCGCUCGACCAUCCCAUCGGUCUGGGGAUGAUAAGGAGGUGUUCAGACCUUUUUAGUGCCCAGGAUAGAGCAGACAUCCAACGCGACCAAUUCGUUGACCCUGGUCACCAUGAUGGGCUGCAGGGGCGUCCGGGUUACCUGGGGUGGUGGCUUCCGCCGCGCGCAUUCGACGCAGGUUGUGACCCAUCGGUGCACGUCAGCGGUCAUGCCUGGCCAGAAGUACCAACCCUGUAAUGUGGACAGUGGCUUCCACCCAGCCAGGUGUAGCAGCUGGCAGCAGUGCACGUCCAUGACCAAUUGUCGACGCAGCGACUCCGGAACCACCCGGCAUCACUGGCGUUCCGCCGGGUCUAAUCGCAUGAGGAGGUCCUCCCAAAUGACAUACUCCACUCCCCCUACCUCCUCCUGCUGUAGACAUCUCCAACCGGCAAGGUAGACCUCAGGUCGUGGUCGAGAUGAUUGUGGCCGAUGCCCCCAGUUCAACCAGGAUGUGUGCCGACACUUCCGCGAUUGCACCGACCAGGACCGAGAUUCCCGACACGGCCGCUACCACCCACCUUGCCAGCUUCUUCCAUUGUGUGGCUGAGUCUGGCCACUGACCAGGCGGCGGCUCGCUAUCCUGCGGUGUAUGGCGAGGUGACGGGGAUGUAUGUGAACAGGCCGAACAUGUGGUUUCCUCUUUUGGAGUGUGUCACAGCAGGGUGAAUGCACCCUUGUUACGUGGGGUGGGCUCCCCACUGGGGUGCGGGCUGGGCUCACUGUGUAGUGUGAAGUGCCCCCCCUUGUGGUGUGGGGUAGCCCCCCCAUUGUAUUGGGAGGUGGGAAUUGGGGGGUGAGCCUUCCCGUGAGCUCUUCCCCACCCCCUCCCCUUCCUUUGUUGCGGGGCGUGGGCCCCCUUUAUGAUGUGGCCCUCCCGGUCCUGUCUCGCUUCGCCGCAUUGCGAGGGCGAGGCGGUGCGCGAGACGGCUCCAUGGCACACCGGCGAUUGCGUGUGCUGUCUCAGCCCCGGGGGGGGUGCCCCUAGAAACUCGCCGGCAUUGCAGGUAAACAGCGACGUCACCGCGCGCGGCGAUGUCACUUUCGACCAUGACGUCACUUCGGGCCGCGACGCCACUUCCGGCCGCGACGUCACUUACGACCGUAACGCCACAUCCGGCCGUGACGCCAUGUCCGUCCGUGACCCGAUUCCCGCUCGCGACUCGAUUGUCGACGUGAUCCCCAGCCCCGUCGCAAUCCCCGGCCCCGUCGCAAUCCCCGGCCCCAUCGCAAUCCCCAUCCCCCAACCAGGACGGUGGUGCCCGGGGCCCGACACCGAUGGUGCCCACCCCGAGCAGGCCACCGGUGAGGUCACGGUGUCGGGAGUGUGGAUUGCCGGCCCGGCCAACCAGGCCGACGCUCUCGUGUGCCAAGUGAUCAGGAUGGCGUCACUCGCCUGGUUCCUGUCGGUGUUUAGCCCCAGUGGGUUCCAGGUGGAGUUGGCUGCCUCCGGCUCCGUGCGGCUCCCCCUUGCCACAUGCCCCUCUCGACCGCAAUGGUGGCAGACCCAUGGGGCGUUUUGUCGGGGCGGCUCGGCGCGGUGUUCUAGAGGCAGCUGUCAGUGGCGCGGCGGCUGGUUGCGCCCCUGGUCUCUCUGCUCCGCUAGCCCCCGGAUCGCUGCGUAGAUCUCUCGCAGCGAUGGCUCCAUUCCCAGCUGCCACGUAGACAGCAUGUGGCUACGGUGCAGGUUCGGCGAUUGGCGUCGCUGGCCCUGGUAGCGCCAAGUUAACGGCCCAGCUGCUCCCCCCCGCUACGUUAGCCACCUGGCCCACGGUUAGCGCCCGGCCCAUGACCUGUUCAUGGGCUUGUAGGAUCUGGGCGGCCUACAGCGAGGUACAUUCAUCCAGCAUCACCACUGGCUUUAUGACGCUGGCACGGCAAGCAUAGGCAACGAGGUGCUCGACCACGAGGUUUUCCAGCGCCUCGUUGGCCAGGCGAGGGAAAGCCCUACUCGCCAACAUGAGCAGCGCACCCCUGUAGACUACAGGGGACUCUCUAGCCCCCCGCUGGUGGUCUUGGAACCGUCUAAAGGCGCCCUCAGCUAGGGAAUAGAUCUCCCCCAAAACCUCGUAGGCCGCCUGUAGCGUUGUCUUGCUGCGAGCGCAUCGUCGUCCAGAACAAAUGGCAGCGCUCGUAGCGCCUCUUCGUCCGACCAUUCGAGAGCAUGGAAGGCAGCCUCGAAUCUGUGGACAAACGCCUCCCAAUGACCCCCCUCGGCCUCAAAAUUUUCGACAGGCCCCAGCCGGUGCACCCGUCCUGCCACCUGCUCCUCUCAUUGGGUGUUUAGCCCUGGCGGCUUCGGCUGGAGCGGCGGUGGCGGCUGGCGUGACGGGGCUGGUUGCGGCUCAUGCCUGGCUGGCUGAUCGGCCGCCGGGUCCCGUGGCGCCUCCUCCCGUUGUACGAAUGGGAGAGAGGGUCCCGGCGCCAGCGGGCCCCCCAUAGGGAGCCAACGCAGUAGCUCCUGGAGUGCCCUCUCCACGCGGGCCAUGCGGUCCUCCAUGGGGUCCUCCAUGGGGUCAUCCAUGGGGUCUGGGGCCCCUGCUGCUGCUCCUGGAAGCAGACCCCCUUGUUGCCCUGGACAUGGGAGAUCCCCAGACCCUGCUUACUCUUCUGUCGGCUCUUUUCUGCGGAGGUUCUUCCUUGUAGCCAUUGUUGAUCCCACCACUGCCACCAGAUGUAAAGGAAAGCCGACAUCAGGUUGCAGGGGGUUCGUCUCUCUCUUAUAUCUCCUCGCCUGCUCCUCCCCCUUCCACUGUCCCAGCCCCACUGUCCCCCUUCUUUUGGGGGAAUCCUUCCCCUGUCAUCCCUUACAAGAGUAUUUGGCUGCUAUAGAUUUCCACAUAAGCCACUUCGUUGAGCUAUCAUUUUUGUCCAGCUCACUUCUGAAAAAGAGCUAUAGCUCAGGUGGGCCUUAUUUAGUAAGAUUAAAUAUCGAUUUAAAGCUUUCGUGACUGCAGGGACUCAUAUUCUAGGUUGUUUCGGUAAAGUAACGUAGAAGGGAAAUAAUAAAAGAAUAAAAAUAAAACAAUAAAAUUCUCACGACGUUUCGAUUGCACACAAGCAAUCACCAUCAGGUGUGAAAACCACGGCAAUAAAAAAAAUACAUUUUGAAAAAAAAAAAAUUCUUGCUGUGGUUUUCACACCUGAUGAUGAUUGCUUGUGUUGCAAUCGAAACGUCGUGAGAAUUUUAUUGUUUUAUAUUUUGUUAUUUCCCUUCUACGGGACUUUAACGAAAGAACCAAUAAUAUAAGAUUAAAUCGUUUAGUUUAAAAUAAAUAGUUGAUAGUUUUAGUAUACAAUUGUAGUUGACAUUGCCGGUCUCAGUGAUGCUGAAGAAUACGCAAAAAAUCAUGUCCAGUCGAUUAUAAACUAUUAUAAUGGAUUUCUAAAUUAUUUUUGGGUCAGAUUGCAUAAAUAAAAUGUAUGUUGUACACCGUCCACCCGACAGAGACAAUUGUCAUGUGAACAAGCGUGCCAAUGUAUUACUGCUUCAGCACAACGGAGAGCGUUCAACACAAAUUUUACUCUCGCGGUCUGACCCAAAAAUGUAUUACGAAUCAUAAUAAUGGUCUCGACAGGCCACGUGUUAAAUCAUUUAAUCAUGUACUUUAUUUCAUAAUUUACAGUCCCUUGUCAAUUCACUGCUGGAUGGAGGCCUCCCCACGUGUGGUCAUACUCACGUUAUUGGUUGAUAUGGGUCGUGAGAAGGUAACUCCCAGGACCGGUUCAGAUAUCAAUCGCAGCUGGUUGUUUGUCAUGUCCGGGAAUCAAACUCGUGUAACUUUGAUUGCUAGUGCAGUUCGCUCACCACUGCACCACUAUACCACCCGUUUGUACUAUUUAUUUGCAUUGUCAUAGAAUGAGGAGUCAUUUGCGCACUGCGCGCUGAACCCAUCUCCUAGGUUUGAGUCCCAGCAAUGGCUAACGUCAGUGGUGAAUGAGAGAGAUCUGCACCAAUCUUCGGCCUCUCCCCUUCUCAAAGAAUCCCCACAACCAACGUGGAAGUGGAUUGUCAAAGGGAUGUAAAUUACAUUGCAUGCAUGUAUUCAAAAUAUAUUAUGGAAAUAAAUAACGAUGUUGUAUUCAACCAAUAAAAUGUCACUCCUUUUGAGGAGAGUCGUACGUAUGA